UCUUUUUAAAUUCAUGUCGUGUGCAUAAGACAAAUGAUGAAGAAAAAUGCAUGAUAAUCUCAUGUGCAUAACUUACUGAUAACAAAACCACGAGUCUUUAAUACUGAAGACUUUGAGAGUGCCACUUCAUGAAUCUUUCGUGCGAAUCUUUCGUGACUUAAUUAUGCAUUUCGAUAUUGAUCAUUUAUCUCGUGUGCACAUUUCUCUCUUAUUCUUUAACGGAUCAGUACAUGUCAUAGAACAUAACAGUGUUCGCACAAUAUACAUAUAAAAACAAUGAAACUAUAAUUAGGCUAUAGGUAUAUAUGAUAUGUUUUGAAUAUAUUUUACAUAUUAUAGUUCACGAGCAUACCGCUUGAACAGAACAUCUGCUUCCAAAAUGUCGGAGGAUUUGAAACAAUUUAAGGAGAAAGGAUAUGUCGUCUUCAGAGGUCUCCUAACGAAAGAAGAAGUAAAUCGACUGCGUGAAUCCAUGGAAAAGGAUCAGACGUUGCAGGAAAACGAGCAUAGUCGAGGAGACGCCAUGGGGAAGAGGAUCCGGGUCUCUCUCUGGACAACUGUGCCGAAGAGCAUCACGGGAACAAUCGUCCGCGCGGAGAAAGUAGUGUCAAAAGUCGAAAAGCUUCUUGAAGGUGAGGUGUACCACUACCAUUCCAAACUGAUCAUGAAGGAUCCAAAAACAGGGGGCGCUUUCCUUUGGCAUCAGGAUUAUGGAUAUUGGUACGAUUACAACUGUUUGUUUCCCACGAUGGGGACUCUGUGGGUUGCCGUUGACAAAGCCGACAAAACCAACGGCUGUCUUCAGAUAUUAGAGGGAUCUCAUCUAGCCGGGCGCAUUGACACAAAGGUUAAAGGUGAUCAGAUAGUGGCGGAUCCAGACAGGGUGGAGUUACUAAAACAACGGCUUCCAUUACGCUACAUGGAACUAGAACCUGGAGACGCCAUGUUCUUCCACUCUAACAUCUUACACAUGAGUUCACAGAAUCAAAGCCGCAAUCGACGCUGGUCUCUGGUUGUGGCUUACAACAGGGCCUCUAAUAUCCCUCCUGGUAAACAACCACAUGGCGAAUACUCACCCCUGAUAAAGGCCCCAGACAACGAAAUCAUGACGUGCCCUCUGACCUGUGAUGGAGAGGACGUCAAGUUUUACUCCACAGAAAACGUCAUAUCCGGUUUGGAGAAAAAAGCCGAAACAUAGAUACCCGCUACACCCAAGCAAGGUCUUCUCCAUUUAUGUGAUUUAAGCAAAGUCACGUGGAGGCGAUUUAUUUGCACAAAUCAUCAGAUCUAGCGGAAGUAAAAUCAUUCUCAAAAUAACCUAUUACAAACGGACAGCACGAAUCGCGAGUUGAAUGAUUUUGCGAUAAUCAUUUAUUAUAAUUCUUGCAUGCACGCCUGACUGUUCAAAUGUGUUUGUUUUCUGGUAUUUUCUGUUAUGA